ACACAAGGAUGGUUUCAGUAUCUAAUUGUCACCUUAAAUAAUAAGAUAAUAGUUAAACAUACCAUUUGGGUUGCUGAUUUAUCUUAGGACAAUAUUCCAUAAAUUAUUCUGCAGUAUGUUUAUGUAUAAACAAGGAUAUGUUUAAAUCAAAAUGUAUAUGGUGUAUAUAAUGUAUAUGGCAAGUAAUACCAGUUAAUGUAUAAACCGAUGGAUCUGUCACUCACUACAUUAAACUGUAUUUGGGGUUAUCAGUUCAGACCACUAGACACCUAAACCAGAUGAGCUAGAUUUUACUUUCUAGAAUGAAAGGUCUGAGAGAUGAUAGUGAAAAAAUAACAAAUUACAUUGAUUUGUAGCCACACACACAGACACACAGGAGUAAACAGGGAGCUCUGGACGGAGAUAUACGCUCAGCUGCUCACGCCUUGCUACAAAAACAUUUAGUGACAUUUAGUGAAGGGCAGAUAAGGGAACAAGAGAUGAGUGUGUGUGUUGUGUGUAUCUGAAAGCAAUUGGCAACAGUUCAUGCAGGAAGAGGAAGCGGUUAACACAAUGAGAUACCAGGUAUAAAAAAAAAAAACUGACUGUCAUGGCUUUCUGAAAGUCAACAGUUUCUUAUUUUCGGAGCGAACCAUCGGUCUUCACCAUGAGGAGGCAAGCAGAGUGGUGGUCUUAGUGAUACAGACGUUAUUGAGAUCGCUUUGAGGAGAAAUGGCGCAAAAUGGUGCAGUGGCGAGCAAUGAGACCGUGAAGAUCCACGAAGAGCUGAAGAUUGUCAUUGUUGGAGAUGGGGGCUGUGGGAAAACCUCUCUUCUCAUGGUGUACGCCAAAGGUGACUUUCCAGAGAAAUAUGCCCCUUCGGUGUUUGAAAAAUAUGUCACAACUAUAACUCAUGGUGGGAAAAACAUAAGGCUCAACCUUUAUGACACGGCUGGACAGGAUGACUAUGAUCGCUUGAGACCCCUGUCCUACCAAGAAGCCCACCUGAUCAUGGUCUGCUACGAUGUCACUAACCCCACAAGCUUUGAAAAUGUCUUGAUCAAGUGGCACCCAGAGUUGAAGCACUUCUGUAAGGACAUUCCAGUGAUCCUGAUUGGCUGUAAGACGGAUCUGCGUAAGGAUAAGGAGCGCAUCCGGAAGCUUAAAGCGGUGGAUCAGACUCCUAUUACGUACACACAGGGCGAGGACGUUCGGCAGCAGAUGAACGCUGAACUGUAUCUCGAAUGUUCCGCCAAACACCAGGAAAACGUUGAGCAGGUGUUCCAGGAAACUACGAAAACGGCGCUGGAGGCCUGUCGUAAAGCGCGGAAGAGGAAAAGGAAGAGGCUAUGUGUCGCAAUGUGAAUUGUGAAGACAAGCCCUAUGGGAAGUGUAUGAGAAGAAAGUCAGGUUGGAGGCUUAUUAUGGCCAUGGUUGGAGGACUACCAGUAUUGAACAUGGCCGAUAAUAAGGGUGACUGUGGUUUGGCUCCUUGGAGGUAUGCCAGGCAUGUUUACAAAGAAGUUAAAAUAGAAACGGUGGUUGUUAAAAAAAAAAGAAAAGCGGUGAUUAUAUUGAGGUGGUUAUAUUGGUUGUAUUGAGGUUAUCCAUCAAUACGGCUGACCAAUGAGGUUGAUCGAUAUCCUUAUCGACCAAUAUCUCGAUUGCAUGGAGCAGUUGGUGUAUCCCUAAAUGUAAUGUAGGCUACUUGUAAAUGUAUCAAACGUCCUCUUUAUUCUUGUACAAGAUUUUUGUAACAUUUUUUGUAAUUAAUUUUCAAACAUUGCUGAAAUUAAAAGGCUCUUUAUGUUGUAUUUUAAACAGUAUUUUGCAUUGAAACUUUAUUAACUUACUAUUGUAAAUUGUACUGAACCAAAUAAUAUGCAAUAUAAAAUGUUAAAAAGCUAAUGCCCAUGGGUAUUCACCUGUAGCUACAUAUUUAACUAAUUUGCGUAAAGAGUAUUAAAUGUUUCAUCACAAAGAACAAAAUAAUUUAAAAUUCCAUAUUCAAAGGAAUGGACAUUGGUUUCUCCAGCCCUAAAUGGUCUGCUCAAUAAAAGAAGAGUACGUAUUGAAAAUAAUGACUUUAAUGUCCUUUUAAUAACACAAUGAGGGUUUGAAAAGCAUAACAUGAAACACAAAUCAUUAAUGUUCAAUGAACAUGCUGUGUUUAACUAUUUUAUUUUAUUUUUUUUUCAUAAAAUGAAAUGGCUUCAAGUUUAAAACAGGUUUUAUUCAUCUAAAUGCAAUGCACAGAAAAAUGCCUCUUACUGAUAAUGGCCAGGCACAUUUUACAGAUUUGAGGUGAGUGAAGCAGGGUUAAAAUAAUCAUUAGCUACAUUGAAUUAUUCAGGACAUUUAUUCUGUCCAUUAAAUGUGAAAAUGUGGUCAAACA